AUCUUUGGCAAGAUUGUGUACCAUUUUGUUAUGGCUCUCAGCUGAGUGUAUGAGAAUUGGUUUUGUUUUGUUGUGUCAAUUGUUUUAAAAGUAGUGUUAUGAAUUGUAGUGUUUACCAAUGUGUUAAAAUUUCACUGCAUCCAUUAGUUGUAUAAAUCUCAGUUACCAAAAGACAAUGUUUAUCAUAAUGGAUUUCCACUGGGAGAGUAUUUUUGAGAACGUCUGUCAAGCGUAAACAGUUCAAACAAUGUUCAUGUUUUAGGGUCUAAAAUGUGUGAAUAAUAUUUUAAUGGCGUUCUUAAUUGCAAAAUAUCAGCACCUUGUAGGAAACCACCACAUAUAUUUUAUGUGGGAUCGUUUUUUUACAUGGUGCUAGCAAAGCAAGGGGCAGGCACAGCAAUGGUCACGCCAUCGGAGUAUCAAUGGGCAUAUUCCAUCAUGGAUUCUUCCCGUGUCUCCACCUUCCUCAUCUCCAUUCUGCUAAUUGUGUAUGGCAGUUUCAGGUCCCUGAACAUGGAGCAGGAGGCACGGGAAAGGGAGAAAGAGAAGGAGCGAGCCCAAAGCUUGUCCGGGUUGUUGGCUACACCAACUUCAUCUGAAAAUAGUGUGACCACAUUGGACACAAUGCAAGCACUUUGUUUGCCACUUGGUGCCUCAAUCUCAUUGCUUGUCAUGUUCUUCUUCUUUGAUUCAAUGCAGAUGUUAUUUGCUAUCUGCACAGCAAUCAUUGCAACAGUGGCGCUUGCAUUCCUGCUGCUUCCUAUGUGCCAAUAUGUAAUUAGGCCAUGUUCAGAUGGAAACAAGAUCUCUUUCGGUGUAUGUGGUCGAUUUACUGGUGCAGAGCUCCUUUCAAUUUCACUGGCUGUGUGCAUUGUGUGCAUCUGGGUACUCACAGGUCAUUGGUUACUCAUGGAUGCUAUGGGAAUGGGGCUCUGCGUAGCUUUCAUUGCAUUUGUUCGUCUACCAAGUCUCAAAGUUUCAACUCUCCUGCUAACUGGCCUCCUCAUCUAUGAUGUUUUCUGGGUUUUUUUUUCCUCCUACAUUUUCAGCACAAAUGUAAUGGUCAAGGUAGCAACACGUCCUGCAGAGAAUCCAGUUGGUCUUGUAGCCAGAAAACUGCAUUUAGGAGGUGUUGUUAAAGAAGCUCCAAAGUUGUCACUGCCUGGAAAGCUGGUUUUCCCAAGUCUUCAUAAUGCUGGUCAUUUUUCCAUGCUUGGACUUGGUGACAUUGUCAUGCCUGGACUCCUCUUGUGUUUUGUUUUACGCUAUGAUGCGUACAAAAAGUCCCAGCUGGUUCAUCUUGGAGAAACGGGUCUCCCACCGCCAAAACACUUGAACAAAAUCAGCUACUUUCACUGCUCGUUGAUUGGCUACUUCCUAGGACUUUUGACUGCAACAGUAUCAUCUGAAGUCUUCAAGGCAGCGCAGCCAGCUCUUCUUUAUUUAGUUCCAUUCACUCUUCUGCCUUUACUUACAAUGGCCUAUGUGAAGGGGGACUUAAGGCGAAUGUGGAGUGAACCAUUUAUAACCCACCCACCAUCAAAGCAUUUGGAAGUCUGACAUUCAUCUUUCACCUCCAAGAGAAUUUUAUCAAGUGGUAAAGUAAGAAGCCUCUUCAACCGACUGACAGUGCAUGAAAGUUUGCAGUCACGUUAAAGACAUUAUACGGUACGGAUAGAAGGCAUACAUGUGAAUAGUUGUAAGCGUGUUUUGUGUUUGCAAUUUAAAACAAACAUUUAGUUUCAUAUUGUAUGAAACUUGUCUAUUUGCAGUAUGACAUUAUUGUGAUGUAAGACUGUUUUCUUUAGCACCUCUUUGUUCAACUUAAAUGAGAAAUUAAAUGGCGGCUGUGGAUAUCCAAACACAUAAAUAUGUUGUACAGUCUCAUGUAUUUUUCUCGUUUGUUUUAAUUUAUGUGUGAUAUUGAUUGCUUGACAGUAUGUAGGCAGCACAUUUUUGUCAACCUCCACAAAAAAGUUGAUCCAAAUUGACAAGUUCCUAUUGUGAGGAGGCAAUUUUAUGUUAAUUUUUUUAUAUGUGUUUAUAAUUUGCAAUGUUAUUUAUACGUACAUUUACACAUUCAUCAACAUAUUUAGAAAGGUUUUAAUUGAGUUGGAAAGUUUGAAUGUCACCUUGUUAGAUGCUCUUACAACAAGUCAUGACAUUUAAUUUAUAAAUUUUGAAUGUACAAAUUCAACAUAAGUUGCAGAGUUUUUAUUAACUUUAGCAAAGGAUGCUAGUUAAUAACUAUUUCUGAGUUUUUAAAGUUCUUAAUUAUCCUUUAAAAAUUGUUGAGCUACUGGGAAUGGAAUAAGAAUUUCUUAAUACUAAUCAUACACAAAGAUUGUGUCACAAUUUUUUGUUAUUAUUAAGGUACAUUUUGUAAAUUUGUUAUGGUUUGUGUUAAGUGUAAAAAAAAAUUCUAAGUAUUAUUUUGAGAACCAUUUAUCUUGUACAUAUAAGCACAUCACUUAAUUUAUUAUUAUGUACUAAUAACUGGGCUUACUGCCAGCUGCUAUCAAAGAAGUGGUUUGUUACAAGUUUAAGUAAAGUUAAUCUGUAUUCAAAAAUGCAUUGCAUUACCUGAGAACAUGACCUGUGUGUUUUGCACCUUAGGCUUACAUGCACUUCCUGAAACUGAUAAACGUACUCAUCAACCAAAGUACUUACAAAUUUGUUUUUAAGAAAAUUUAAGCUAAAAUUUUUUUUGUUUAUAUGAGUUGAUAAUAAUGUUAUGUUUUGUACUAAUUUUUAUUUAUCCUUGAAGUACUCAAAAACAUGGACUAUUUUUUUGUAGAGAAAGCAUAAAAAACUUUUCUUUAUAACCAUAUCUGCCAUUGGCACCACUACUAUUGAUAUGUAUAGUUAUGAUAGCUGUCUGUGCAUGGGUGAGAAAGGCUAACUGAUAGGGCUGUGCGAACGUUCGAAAUUUCAAAUUCGAACCGAACUUUAAAAUAGUUCGGUUCAAGUUCGUGUCAACAAAUUUGGGUUCGGGUUCAUUUUUUAUGACACUAGAGCUUGUUAGUUUCCACAUUUUAAAAAUACCCACAAUCCACAUGUAUGGUUUUAUUAUGUAAAAUGGACACUCAUACAUACAUGUAAAACACGGUAAUUUCGGGCAACAAAAAAAUAGCGGAUAUAAAAAAAUUACUACGCACGUUAACCAUUUCAUUAGCUAAAGCUGUUUGCAUGAUUAAGUAAAGUCAUUGAACAUUUGCAAUAAUACUAAAAAUUCACUUGCAGAAUAAACUUGUUUAAGUCUUCGAAAGAUUUUAAUAAAAACGGAGUUCAAUUUAUAUGUGUAAGCUACAUUUUCUAAGCACAGAGCACUAAAGACGUAGAAGUAGCAACACUAGGAUAGUGGGAUGCCAUAUUGUUUACGUUGAGGCUAUGUUCCAACGGUAGAACUUCCUUUCGCCGACGCUUCAACUGGUCAAUACCUAUACUGUGUUUUAUCGUAUAAUCGUCGCACAUUUUAUACUACAAUUAAAUUUUAAAAAUAGAGGUGCAAUUUUUCUGUGGAAAAAUAAAUCACGUAAAGUUAUUCAUAAAAAGAAAACCUAUUCAUGGAAAGUACGUUUAUUUAAAAAGUAGAGUAUACAAAAGCAUGACAAAUUAUUUAAAUUAAUAAGUUAUGCCAAAAAAAAUUUUUUAUGCUUAACUUUAAAUAGAAAAACAAUACAAAAAUCACGUAAAGUUAUUCAUAAAAACAGAACCUAUUCAUGGAAAGUACAUUUAUUUAAAAAGUAGAGUAUAUAAAAGCACGACAAACUAUUUAAAUUAAUAAGUUAUUAUAAGAAAAUUUUUUUCCUUAACUUUAAAUAGAAAAACGAAACCCGUGACCCGAAUGUCAGUGGGAACUAACGAUAACUAUCGUUCCAGUACUCACCACGAAAGAGUGCGGGCUAUCAAAUGUAAUUAACUCUGGAAAAUACAGAGCGCGCGCAUGCCAUGCGAUCUGCGAGCUAUCGAUAUCGACAUCCGACGAUAUGCGCGCGCUCAACAUAGUAAUCAACAUAACCAAACAUGAACUAACGCUGGCUAUGGUUUUAUACUCGAUACAUAGCGGUGACGAAAACGAAUAGAUAAAAGUUAAAAUGUAUGCAAACGUCUUUAAAAUAACAUCCACACGUGACACAAUUUUGUAUUUCUGCAAGUUAAAUUAGUAACAGGUAAAAUCUAAAUUAAUACUAAAUUACAACUUUAAAAUACAUUGUUUUAUUUGGGAAAACUACCUACACAAAGCCCUCAGAAUCUAACAGCGGGACCAAAAACAUAAUGUGACUUUUCUGCGAUAAUUAUUUUUUCUUAAAAUUUUGACGCCCUAAAAUAAUGGUGCAACGAUUAUGCCCACGCGACGAUUACGUGAUAAAAUACUAUAUUUGACGUUCCGGGUUACGGACGACCAGUAUAAUCGGUAGUAAGGGAACACAACCUGCUUUUGCUUACGUUUGUUUGUGUUCAUUCCAGAUGUAUGUGUACAUAAUAUUAUCAUAUUGGAUUAAAGUUCGGUAUUAAAUUCACAUUAUUCAUACACUGCACCCGAGAUUAAAGCAUUUUUGUUUUAUAAGAAAUAUAUAUGGUGCAUUAACGUUAAUUUUGGGACACACAGUGCAAGUCGACUAUUGUUAGGACUGCCCACAUGUCAGUAGAAUAUUUAUGUGAAUUGUUUCUUUAGGUAAUAAACUUUAUUAAAUGAAUUAUUAAAUAAAGCAAUGGAAAAAAACCAGGAGCCACAAUCUUUUGCAAGUAUCUGGCGGCAUUUUGAAAAAAAAUAAAAGUGAACAAACAACUAAAUGUCAUUAUUGUCAUCAAAAGUUAAAAGCACCAACUGGUGCAACCUCUACCUUGGCCAGACAUCUAAAAUAUGCCCACCCGGCAAAAUACUCGUCAUUUGAAACAGAAAGGGAACUGUCAUGUACUCAGAAAUUAGCAGCACAUAAGAGAAAAGAUGCAAGACAACCUAAUUUAGAUAUAUUUCUCCAAAAGAAACCUAAAUUGCCAGCAGAUCAUCCAAAAACAAAAAUGUUUGACAAUAAAGUAGCCAACCUUGUCUGUGGGAAUUUUUUGCCAUACAGUUUUGUUGACUCUCCUCAGUUUAGAGAUUUAAUGACUGAAGUGAUUCCAGAAUAUCAGGUACCAUCCUGGACAACACUUACAAGAAGAAUCAUUCUAGAAAUGGUGGAAAAGGCUACAAAAACCAUAAGUUUAGAGUUGGAUGAGGCUCUACCUGAACUGCAGUCAAUGUCUGUAACAACAAAUUUAUGGACAUCAAGAGCACAAGACAGCUAUUUGUCCCUCACAUGUCAUUACUUGACAAGUGACUUCACAUUGAAGAAUCAAUUACACCUUGGCCACUAACCAUUUCCCAGGACGUCACACCAGUGAAGCUAUCCAGCAAAAACUCUCUGAAAUUAUGGAAAAGUAGAACAUCUCGCAAGGAGGCAACACCAUUUCCAUUUACGUAGUUUCUGAUAAUGCAAGAAACCUGGCUGCAGCUGUUGCCAUGUCAUCAUGGGAACACAUUUUGUGUUUUGCCCAUUCUUUACAGCUUGCAGUGAAUGAUGCAAAGAACAGUGUAGUUGGGAUGAAGAAUGUGUGUGCUAAAGGUCGUUCUAUUGUCAGCUGCUACCAUAGGAGUAUUCAGGUACCAAAGUGUUUCCAUAUACAUUAUUUAUUUUAUCUUCAUAUUAGCGUUAUCCUUGAUUACUUUGGUUGCUGGCAUUACAAUACUAGGUAUUUGUAUGUUAUAUGUGCAAUUGUGCAGGCAUCAAGUAACUUAGAAUGACUUCAAAAACAAAUUAACAAGCCAAUUCACGAACUAAUACAGGCUGUUGAAACACGCUGGAACAGUGAAUAUUUGAUGCUUGAACGUCUGAUUGAGCAAAGAGAGCCUGUUUAUGCAGAACUGUCUUCAUCAGGCAAAGUAGAUGGCUUUACUAACUCUGAGUGGAAAUUAGCAUCAGGUAAGUAUAAUUUACAAUAGGUAACUUAAUAUUUUCAUACAUUUUCAUGCACUUUAUUUCUGCCUUUACCUUAAAUGUCAUUCUUCUUAUUAGGCUUAUACGCAGCAUACCAAGUUUACACUUAAGCUUAUAACCUUACAUAAAAAAUUAUUUGAUGAAAAAUUUCUUAAAAAAUGAUUAUUACAUGUAAUUUUUUUUUAUUUACAGGGUAUGUUCUCUUUCUGAAACCAGUAUAUGAUGCAACAAUAGAGAUGAGCUCAGAACGCUACCCUACGAUAAGUAUGGUGAUACCCAUACUUCAUGGCAUUAUAUCUGUACUCAGAAGCCUUGUGAAUCAGUCACAGUCAGGCAUCAUGUUCGGCAAGGAACUUUUGAAGGCUAUCAAAUUUAGAUUUCCUAACUCAAAGGGAAUCAAUGAAUACACAUUUUCAAUGAUUUUAGAUCCUCGCUUCAAGGAAGUACUGUUGGAAUGUCAUAAAAAAUCCCUAAUGAUUACAAAAAUGAAGCAAGAGAUUUUAAAACUAAUGUCAGCUGAUUCUGAAAAUAGAUCUCCAAAGCCAUCAUCAUCAUCAUCAUCAUCAUCAUUAUCAUCAUCAUCAUCAUCAUCAUCAUCAUCCAUCCAUCCAUCCAUCCAUCCAUCAUCCAUACAUCAUCCAUCCAUCCAUCCAUCCAUCAUCCAUCACCCAUCACCCAUCAUCAUCAUCAAUCACCCAUCAUCAAUCACCCAUCAUCACCCAUCAUCCAUCAUACAUCAUCCAUCAUCUCCAAUCAUCAAUCAUCAUCAUCAUCAUCAUCCAUGAUGAGUACUGACAACACACCCCAGACAUUGUCUAUUUGGGAAAGUUUUGACAAUCUCUCUGAAAGUAAAUCAAGCACGAGUGAUGGAAUUUCUGUUGUUUUUCAAAGAGAAAGCUCAUCGCUCUCUUGAUCCUUUGACGUGGUGGCAAGGUAAUAAAACAAUAUACCCACGACUUGCACUGCUUGCACUCAAGUAUUUAGGUAUUCCUGCUACACAAGUCAGCAGUGAACGUGUCUUCUCUGCAGCUGGAAAUGUAGUUUCGAAUAGACGGGAAUCACUGACCCAGUUCCAUGUUGAAGAACUUACAUUCUUGCACGAUUUUAUAAUAAAGAAGUAAAGAAAACUAAUGAACUUAUGUUGAGUACUCAUGUUAUGCCUGAAUUUUUUUUUCUAUUUUAAAGUGUAAACUAUUAUUACUUGAAAAAAUAACUUUAAAAACAAUUCAAAUAAAUGUUACUUUUAUUACUCAAAGUUCGGUUCGAGUUCGAUUUCGGCGAACUUCAAGACCAAUAGUUCUAGUUCAGUUCGAACUUGAAAAUUGCAGGUUCGCACAACCCUACUAACUGACCAUGUAGUGUGCUGUCCAUUCAUAUUAGUCUUUGUUAUUAUUUCAGUGAUAUUGUUUUCUCAAUCUAUUCUAGGUACAGUAAAACCCUGUUGUUACAUAUGACCUCUCAGAUAAGAGUAAAAAUAUAAGGGAUGUCAGAAAAACAUUUUGGACUGACUUUCACACACACACACUCACACACACACACACACAUGUGCACGCAUGUGCACACACACACACACACACACACAUGCGCACGCAUGUGCACACACAAAAACACACAAAUGCAUGUACACACACACACACACUCAUUUUUUUUUCAUUUCAAACAUGUCUCAUUCAUCACAGCCUUGAUUCAGGAGGCAGUCAGAAGUGGCAUGAGUAAUGCAGUCUAGAGGCCGAGCAUGUAGUUUUUUUAACCAAGCUCUUCCGUAGCUGUCAGCAGUCGUAAGGGCUUGAAGUUACAGCGGAUGUAGUACAAAACAGCCGAUCAACAGGGCUUAUAGAGAUUUACCAAUUAAAGAUACAAAAAAUUUAGCACAUACUUUUUUCUUCAUAGUUAAAUUUGCAAGUUUUAUUCUAUGCAUUUGUUCUCUAGGUGCGCCAUUUCAAAAAUAAUUUAGCUGAGAAAGUUGUAAAAUCAUAAUUCUUACAAUUAUAGCCUAUUUUUGUAGGAAUUUCUAUUAAAAAUAAAAAUAAAAAAUUCAUGUAUUAACUUCAAAUUGUUACAAAUGGCAUUAUUUUUUGAGUUUAUCGUGAUCAAGAAAUUUUCAGAUGUCUAGUAACAACAGAAGUAAACAGUGAGGGUAGUGCAUCCAAGAGCAAGCAAUAUCAAAAUGGUUCACUACCAGGUGCUGGUUGGUGGAAAAACAUGCUUGCACCAUGGAACCGUUAUCUGGGGGUUAUUCUAAAUUUCUCGUUUAUUCUAUUGUAUGCUUUCUAUGCCGAUUCCAAUGUACUGCUCGCUUGCUGGUCAGAAUAAAUCAUUUUUACCAACAAGUGUUUAAAAUGUUAUUCUAAGUGUUCUAUCGGUAUGAGGGUCCGCUGGCUCUGCAAUGUUUUGAUCUAAAGAUUCUCUUCGGCCUCCCCAUCUCGGACAUUCCAGACAAACAACAUGGUGACACUAAACAGCCGUUAAAUCUUCAUAAUUUAUCACUAAAACAUAGCUAUUUAUGUAAACUCUAUGCUUGAAAAUUGAUAAUAUAUUGUAAAAAUGUGGAACACCGUAUGCUAUUUAUAAUACCGUGUUUUAAAUGAAAGAAACAUCUAGUGUUUGUUUAGCACGAAAGGAGGGAAAUUCAGAGUGAAGUUUUCCGCUGAAUGACAAUAAAUUAUUCUAUGUAUCUACACGUGUGCAUUCGGGUUUGAGUAAAAUGGCAUUGGUCUUAGGAAAAAUAUUGUGCAGUUUACACAAUGAACAUCUUGCUUAAUUAAAUAAUACACAAUAGCUCAAUUUUUUUUAAUGUCUGAAUGGUAUUAAAGUACAACAGUGUCUUCAUGGCUACUAGGAAAAUUUGUACAUUAAACAUUGAAUCACUUAAAGAAUUAGUUUUCAAAGUUAAAAUAGAAUACCAAUAACCAUAAAUAAUUACACGAUUAUUCCAAAGCAUACUAUGCAUUUUACAUUUGAUUUUGUAUUGAAGUAAUGACAAAUUAACAUAGGUUGAUUCACUGCUGCAUGAGACUUUUGGGCUUGGCUCUCCAACAAAUUGAAUUUUCUUUAGUCUUCAAAGUGAUUUAGUAUUCAUUAUCAUUCAUAAAAAUAAAAAGGGGAAAAAAUUAUGUGGCUUUUUACUAUAUUCGACUACAGACUAGACUAAAGAGUUUAGUUUAUCACGCUUUACUUUAUCAGUGCUAUCUACGGUAAUCUUGCAUGGCAAAAUAAACCCUUUUAACUAAAUUGUUUGAGUAAUUAUGAAGUAAUUUGAGCAUAGUUUAUAACAAAAAUAAUGUUAAAAAGUUAAAUCUUGAAAAUAUUAAUUAUAAUGAUAAAAAUAAAAAUAAUAUCACUAAACAAUGUCUGAGUAUACUGAUAAAGCUAGGCCAGACAAGGUUAACAAUUAAUAUUCUAAGUACAUACUUUAAAAAAUUUUGAAGUCUUAAAUUGUUUGCACAAAAAUUAAUCUACUUAAUUAAAAAAAAAAUUAUUAGGAGAGAUUACAACAAAAAUUUUGGCUUUGGGUCACAACGCCAUGACAUAACCCACUUCACCACUUCUACCUUAGAGGAGUGGGGCGAGAAAACAGUAUGUGUUAUAAUUAUUUGUGUAUACUGGAAUAGGUAAACAGAAAUUUGUAAAUGUAUUUAAAUUUACUUUAAGAAUGAUGUAAGAAUUGUAUAAACAGUGAAUGAGUGUAUAUCCAGUUUACAGUUAACUAUUGGCACCACGCUUCCAAUUCCCCAUGUUUUAAAGCGAGUGGUUGAUCAUAAAGUCAGGCUCUCCGAUGGGUGGCCAAAGAGAAUCGAAACACUUCAUGUAACUAAGAAUACCAAACACGUGAAAUCUUCCGAUAAUCAAUAUUUUAAGAUCGGGAACUCCUUUCCGAGUAACUUAGAAUAAACCCCCUGGGAAAGUAGAGAGGAGAGUAUCAAACAGGGGUAGGGGGUUUCUACUGUGCCACAUUCACUACAGUGUUAGCCAAGAGAAACAUCCAAACAUGCUUCCAAUGAAUUUUUGGCUGUUUUCCUUCAUAUUUUUUUACUUGUUAACAUAAAUUUUUCCACGGAAUCUUGCAAAGGGGUCAUAAUAAAUGGGGUCGUAGCAACAGGAUUUUACUGUGUGUAACUUUAACUUCUACAGGAAGGUGGCUGCAAACUAGAUACUAGCAACCCAAAAAAUUCAAAUUAAUUGGUGAAAAUUUUCACCCCAAUUUUGGUGCCUGCAUGUUUGUAUUCUUCUUAGAGUUCAACUUCUUAUUUAAGGGAUUUUUCCAUAAAACAUCUGCUGGUAAAAGAACAAACACAUUUCCAUUUCAUCAACCUUUCCUAAAAUCACCAUUGUUAGAGAUGUGAGUUUAUAAAAUGUUCAGUCAGUGUAUUUUCUUUUUUGCAUUAACUUUUAACUAUAGGAUAAUGAGAUUUGCAUACAAUAAUCACAUACUUGCAAAAUAAGAACCAUCUGUGUUCAAGUUAAUUACAUACUGUAUUACAGUGGCUUCCACUUGUAAAAUAUAGCAGUUGUAUCUAUUGAUAACUGCAUUUUUUGUAUAAUUUUUUUUUUUUUUUUUAAUUUUUGGAGAAGUCAAGUUAAGGUAUUUGUGUACCUGCCAUGCAAUGUUUUAGUUUUAAUGUUUUAAAGUUGGAGAGAUACAUCAGGUCACACAUAAGGGACUCAAAUGUGGCCCAGCCCAUUGGCCAAAUGUUUGAGAUGGCCUACCAGUCAAACUAGCCCAUAUGGUGAUGACUGAUGAAGAACUUGGGUUGGAUUUCCUUCAGGAGCAGGAAAUUUUCAUAAUCUGAUUUGGUUGGGUUUGGUUUGAGUAAAUAAGUUAGUAUAUACAAUAUCCUGCCAAACCUUUUAAGUGUUAAGAUGCAUUUGGAAUCAUGUACUUUCUAAAUUAUAUUGUAUUUACUAUGUGAUCCAUCACCACAUCAGACACGUGACAUUCAACUUGAUGGGAAGCAGAUAGCAGCAUGGUCAGCACUACUAGUGCUUCAACAUAGAUAACACAGUACAAAUUUGGAUCCUACAGAAUUAUUAUUUUUUCUGUGUUCAAGAUAAGUUUUGUGGUUUGGAGCUUUGUAGCAGGGCUUUGACGUUUUAUAGUGGUACACAUGAAAAACAUUGAAAAUGGCAAGCAUUGGAACAAAGCCGUUUUGAAUCUGAUGAGAUUUCCUUAGUGGUUCAAGUGAUAAUACGUGCCUCCAUAACCAGAAAACGGUUCAGAAAUGGACGGCAGUUUUCUAUGAGUAAUGAUUUACCAAGCGCUACCAUCAUUACUGUAAAUAAAAAAAAGCCAAUAUAACUAGACAAAAAUCCAAAGGCACUCACUACUCAAGAAUUCUUUAACUGGCAACCUCAGAGCAUGAGCUUCUGUUCUCAGAAGUUUAGGACCUUAUCCACGUAUGCAGAAUGUCUUGCAAAAAUUUUAUACUUUCAAUUUUUUAGUAUUUUUCCCAGGAAAUAGGCUACAUUUUAAAAGCCCCAUUUUAAUAUGAUGCUCAGAAAAUAUUGGUUGGAAACAUAAGUUUAUGAAUGCCAAGCUUAUUUUACUUUGUGUAUUGUCAUGUGUAGAAUGCAGAAACCAUCAUCUAAUGGUCAAAAUGUAUUGUUAGUACUCAAAAUGUUUUAUGAAACGAUGCUAAAAUUCUACAUAAUAAAUAGCCUCCUAAAAUUUGAAGGCACAUUGUAUCUACAACUGGUACACAUCACCAUUAUGAUUCACAAAAUUGUUGUUCUGAAAUUUUUAUGAAGUUGCUAUAGUAAACAAAAAAACAUGCCUCACGAUUUUUUUGUUUGAAAACUAAACCAAGCGAUGUAUAGGUAUUCUCUGUUAAGCAGCAAUAGUUUUUCAAUAAAGUAAUACUAAUUAUUUCAAAUGUUCAUUAAGAAUAAAAUUCAUACAGACAAAAUUAGAAUGGAAAUUGGCAGAAAAGGAGAUGGAAUACCUAUCAAAAUACCAAAAUGUGAAUUGUAUUAUAAUGAUGUAAUGAGGGGAUUUAGGCAUUGGCCAGCUUUACAGUUAUUCAGAUGUGUAUAAAUGGCUACGAAAAACUUUAUCAUCAUUUUAGGUGUUUUCUGUACAAAUAAAAUAUUUCACUCUAAUGUGAUCAAGAAAAAUAUUGUGUAUCUCCAAUUUUUUCUUGGAUGUUACUGAGCAAAUGUUCGGAAAUGGAGAAAUGACAGACAACUGUAGAAGAGAGGAAUAAUUGCCAGGGAAAACACCAUCCACACUCCGUGCAAAUCUUGUGCGCAUGUGUCUAAGACAAUCCCCUUCAUUUAUACGUUUUAAUAGCAGCCAGUAGCAAGUUGUUAAGCAUCAUAAGCUGAAAGUAAAUGUAGUGAAUCUGAUUACUACUUCAAACAAUUCAGAGUUUUACUCUUUAAUCUCAAGUGUUUAAAAAAUUUCCAUGUGUAGAAAAUUUAUUUUUAAUAUUUGGUACAACAUUAUAUAGUAUAAUGAACUAUAACAAGCAGAUACAAUUAAUGUGAAAUGUAUUAAUUUUUUCAAUUGGCAAUUGCAUAAUUAUUACUAUAAUGAGUCUAAAUGGUGAUUUAAAUAGCAUUAAUGUACACAUAAUUGAAAUAGGGUAUUUUAUUGACAUACAUGAAGGUUGUAAAUGCUAACACGUUGAAGCUAAAAAGAAAGGAAUGCUAGCAUCAGAAAAGCUUGGACAAGUGUGGCCAGCUAUCAAGACGUAUUUGUCAUUUCAUCACAAAACUACUUAACUAUAGUUUAUCCCACAAACAAGUGCACUUUUCUGACAGCUGCAAUGCUAGCUUUGAUUUACAAAACCCUGUAUCCGCUGACUUCACAAGUGAGUGACAGUAGAACAAUAUUGGCAGUACUGCCAACCCUAGCCAUUACUGGUACCGCACAGUGAACCAUGGAGAAAUAUGUGAGUGAAAAACUGUUUUUGAUGAAAGUUAAAAGUGUCUGUGAAUGUUAAAAGUGUUGGUGCAUUUAAGUGGUAAUGAAACAGCUAUUACUGUGUGCGAGACGUUUAUUUUUGCUAAAAAUUUAACUUUGUUGGUUUCGAAUGAAAUUCAGUAUAUGUGGAUUGUUUAUUUUUCACUUCAUUUUUCACUUCUACCUUCUAGCAGGCUUUGCGGCCCCCGUGCAAGUGGAGUAUCUAUUGCAAUGUUGUAGGGUGUUUACAUAAUAAGCUAAGGUUGUGUUUUGUUAGAAUAAACAAAACUAUUAUUUAUGAAUGACCAAAAUAGUAUUUGUUUUUUAACUGUACUUGUUGGAGUAAUCGUGGGAUAGAAAUAUAUGUUUGCUGAAGCAUGUUUAUAUGAUGAGAAAACAAAAAAGCCUUUUGUGGCGGGAAUGUGACUUGGCAACAAAACAAUGCAACUUUAAAGGUGUAUAAUUUGGAUAAAAAAUUUAUAUUGGUGCACAUUUAAAUAUAUGUAAAGAGUUACUGGGCCUAUAAACUAAGUAGGAAUGCGUGUUUAUUGUCUCAAGGUUAAAAAACUUUUUCUGUUGUUUUUUUUAUUAUUAUUAAAAUGUUAAUCUGUACACUUGCUCCUUGAAGUAAUGUUGUUCAAUUUGGGUGGUUUUGAAGUAAUGACGCCAAUAAAUUGCUGCAUGAUUUGAAGUAGCGCUUUUUUCUUUUACUUGAAUUUUUAUUUCCGUGCGCACACAAUGGCGACAGCACUUGUGUAGCAUUAAAUACAACACAAUACAAUACAAUAAUGUGAAGAAUCAACAAACAAUAUUUGGCUCUUUCCUUAGUAGCUGUUCACUUCCUUCAUUGUAAUUUAUCUCUGACGGUGGCCCAAAUUUUCAGCCAGUGUUUAUAUUACACCAUCCCGUAUGUCAGCAGCAGCUCUGAAGAGAAAAGCCAGAAGCUUUCAGGGCUAGUUUACCUCGUGCUUCAAGAUGCACUAGUGGCAAAUCAUGGCAGACACACAUUUAGUAAACAACAGAGUGGGGAAUUAUGUUAACAGGUUAAAUAAUCUCUCUAAUAAUAGAAAACAUUUAGUUUAAGAUUUUUUAAAUAUAUCUCCUAUAUUAAUAAAAUUAUUUUUUUUUCUACUCAGAAACGUUGUUAGAGCCUCUUAGAAAUGUUAUGCCCAAGCCCUAUUAUGUAAAUACAGUAAGUCCUCUAUUUACGUCGUACCGAUUUACGUAGUUUCGGAUUAACAUCGCUAAUGUUUGAGUACUCAUGUUUCAAUUUAAGUUGUCGCCGAUUCACAAUAACGUCGUUUACAAUGACCGUAAAUCUUUAUUUUAACCAAAACACCGUAUAUAAUUCGUUUAUAAUUCUUUGUUUCCUUCGGUAGUUAAUUUAUGCUAUGUAGCGUAAGCUACACGUUCACCGCCUUAUCUUAUCAUACAUCAUGAGGGACGCUUCCUGCUCUUACGUACAGUAUGUACUAUAUAUCUGUUUUUAUAUUUCAAUCAAUAAAGGUAAUAAAGCAGCUGGUUAAAUAACCAUUCUAUAAAGCUGAGAAGUACUAGUUGAACUUGUUUCCCACGCUGUCGGUUGUCAUUUGCUGAUAAAAUUGCCCGUUGUCACGUCUGUAUGCCAGCGCUUCCAGCCGACCUUGGGCCGUGGCCGGCCGGUGGCAUGAAACAUGGCUCAUUUUGCGUCGUUUCUAUUUACGUUGCGGUUUUCAGGAACGUAACCCCGACGUAAACCGAGGACUUACUGUAAUGCAGUCCGUGAAUUUUUUAAAUUUAAUUUUAGGUUGUUUAUUCUCAAAAUAUUGCUCAACAUUUUUUCAAUGUAUUUAGAUAUUUAUUUGUAAUGUAAAUUGAUUUUAGUGGGAAUAGUUUCUUGAUUAAAGUGUUUGUCAGCAAGCACACUUACCUGAACUAAAAACGAAUUAUUUUAAUCAGCAUACACUCAUCUUAUGGGGAAAAAAAAGUAUUUGAUUUGCACAGUUUUAAUUAUUGUUCUGUUUUCCUGAAACAAAUUUGGGCGUUACUUCGAGGGACGGGUGUAUUUAUUUUACAAAAAAUUAAGUCAUAUUAAUAUAAAAAUUUUCUUUCCGAGCAGUUACAUUUUGUAACAAUGUCGUAUCAACUUAUUCUUGAACAAUUGUUUCUUAAUAAAAGUUCUAUGGGAACAUGUGGUUUUUGCAUAUGCUGCUGCCUUUCCUGAGAACAUUUACUGACAGUAAAUAAAUGCAUUCUUUAGAAUUAUGUCCUUCCCCAAAAUCCCUAAUAUCUGUUGUGAGUUCCCUUCUCUAACGACCUUGCUGACAAUUAGGUGGAGAGCUUAAUUAAAGGAAAGGAUGUUAUUUUGGUUGGACAUGAAUUUUUACUCACUCAAUUUUAGUACAGAAUUACAGUUAACGCUAAAAACUGUUUAAAAUACAUAAAAUAAUGGAAAUAUCAUCUCUUCCUUGUUAACUAAGUCAGCCUUCUGAAAUUAAAAAAAAAAGUCUUCAAUUUAUUUUAACCAAAACUAUAUUAAAUCAAAAACUAAACAAGGGUACUGAAAGUCGUAUAUUGUAUUGAAAGCUUAACAAAUUCCUAUUUCCCAUUUACAUCUGUGGAGAAAGUAAUUAACUAUAAAACUGAAGAGUGUUCUUUGUAUUAUGUCAGAAAAGGCACUUAUUUGAGGGCUAGACCAUAUAUAUUUUCUCAUAAAGCUCAGCCAAUAUUUGAAAUAAAAUGUAUUUGACUAAUUGCUACACAUUUCAUUGAGCAUCAUGAUUUUAAAUUGCAUUUACAAGUAUUUUUUGUUUUAAAAAAGGUAAUCAAACUUUCAGCUGGUCAUAAAUUUUGUGUGCAACCGAACAUCAAAGUACAAUGUUUGAAAGUGCCUACUGCCAAUAGUAAAGAAAGAGGAUACUUAUAAGCAAGAGAAUAUAAAAAUUUGUAAAUUGAAAAUUGAGGUUCCACCAGAUACAGAAAAAUUUACAAAUGUAAAUGUAACAAGAAAAAAUCCUACAGCAAGUAGAAGGAUUCGUAUCUAGGCUAUUAAUACUUUUAAAGCCUAAUAUUUUGUUUGUUAAAAAUGAAAAUAGCUAAAAAUUUGCUUUGUAGGCAACAUUAUUCAAAUAUAAAAAGGCACAGUAAAAAAAUUUCUCAGAGUCACUAUUUAAGGAAAUUAGUGUUCAAAAUUUUUUGUCACCGGUAGACUGACCUCCCACCACUAAUGCCAAGGCCAUCUUGUUUUUGUCUGCUCGAGGCCGUCAUAUUGAAUCCAGCAAUAUUCUUUUCAUCUGCUACAGGGUGCUGCCGCCAUUAGUUUAAAUAUUAUCUGCUAGAGUGCCUUGCACUUGGAAUAUUUGCUAAUGCUUUGCCACAGGCUAUACAGUUUAAUUCUGGUUAAUGCACAACCAGUCUGUCACAAUUCCUGAUGUGUCUUUUCAAUCUUCCAUACCGUAGAUAGAGGUAUCUUUGCACCACUUUUUGGCAUUUCCACAAAAUAAUUCCAAACAUAAUAACUCUAGAGGCAUGGAAAAAUCAACGAGCAUACUUCCUCAGAAGUAUUAUAAGUACAUGGGUUAAAGUUUUUUUAUUUUAAUAAAAAGCAGCUAAAAAAAUUUAUGAAAACGGUGCAAAGUAACACUGAAAGUGGGCCAACAUUGCACCAGGGACACUUUUCCAUAAAAACUGCAUACAUUUACCAAAUUGGUGCAAAGAAGAACAGCUCUACUUUAUAUAAUUACAUAAAAUGUACAUUACGAAUAAAAAAAUUGCAAAAUGCAACAAUGUAUUACUCAUAUUAGAUGGAACAUGGCAUUUUCGUGCUCAUGAAAGUUCUGGAACAACAAAAAUUCCACGGGCAGAUAUUUGCUUUGGUUUUCUUAUAACUUCUAAAAUAUCGUCCAUAUCAUACCAGAGUUCAUAUUUUCUUUCAGGCCACUUCCAAUUGUUUUUAGACUUGCACAUUACACUCACUUCAGCGCCAUUAGUGCCAAUGCGCGUCACCACUCCUGGAUACAUUAUAUUCAUAUAACUUACAACAACAUAGUCGCCAACAGUCAUGUUUUCAAUGCUGGUUGAAAUAUGCUGGCUUCCAACAGAUGAAUCGCUGCCGUUCUCAUGAUUUAAAAGAACACAACUCUCUUCUGAAUCACUGUCAGCACUGGAAACAACUUCUUCCGUCUGUAUUUUUUUCCUCUUCUGUCGUUGCUGAAUUGUUGGUUGGGAAUUCUUUUGACGGGCUAGCUGAACUUCUUCAUACGACACACUUUUCCCCACUUCAACAGGCAACUUUUUCUUUCUUGGGGUACGGGCAAUACCAUCUGCAGAAUUUUCACCACCCCUAGAAUUUGUAGCAGCAUGUCUUUUCUCUUCCAGGUAAUCAACAAAGCACUGAAUAAUAUUAGGUGACACUUCAGCAUAUGACUUUGCCUCAGGAAUUCGAGCAAAAACAUUUUCUGGCCCAAAUGGAAAUAUUCCUGCUUUUCUGAAACAAGACUUCAAUUUGGCUGGGAGUGUUUCAGCUAGAUGAUCCAUAAGCUUAUGAAGGAGACGUGUAAAUUUAUUUUUUGUAACUGUGGUGCAGUGUCUGCCAGAGGGAGUUUUUUUCCAGUUGUCAAGAAUGUGUCGCCAUGCAAUUUUCAUAGGUCGGAAAACACUGACAUCAAGUGGCUCAGUGAGGUGUGUAGAAUUUGGUGGCAAACAAAUGAAAGAGAUGUUCUCUCUGCACAACUGCAACACACAUAGGUUCAAAUGACUGCUUAAAAAUUCUCCAAUUAGCAAUUUUCUUCCUUCUUGUUUUUUAAUUAUAGGCAGCAUUAAGGUCUCGAACCAUUCGUGAAACGAUUCGGUGUCAAACCAUCUACUUUUGGUUCUAUUGUAUCUUGCAUUUGAAGGCCCACCAAUCGUCCAUAGAUCCCACAUUUUUUCAGCUUUGUAGUUUACAUAGGGGGGUGCCAUUUCACCAGAUGCAUUCCCACAAAACAUGAUUUACGUGUUUGCUUUUAAAGAGUUACACAGCCUUUCUGGAUAUUUAAUUCCACGUUUAGUCAACACUUUUUUUGCAUCCGGAUCAUCGACCAAACACGUCUAAUCGUAAUUCCAAAUAUUCACUGCUGGAAUACCCUCCAACUGUUUUUCCAGAUUAUUGAAAUAUGGUUGAAUUACAUCUCUGCUGACAGAUGCCAGCACAAGUUUUAUAUUGCUGCUGACUCUGAGUUAAUUCAGCAUGCCUUCGUAGAAAUGCUGAAGCUCAGUCAACCCCAGGAAAGUUGUUCUUAAAUUCUUUCACUUUUCGCCCUUGUUGAUCCAGGUAGCUUUUAGCAAUGCACCUGAGGUCAAACUUAUCCACCGGAAAACCAAAUUCACUAACAGCUUUAAUGUGUUCAACAAAAGCAAGUUCUUCAUUGAUAGAGAAAACUUCUGGCUGUCCCGGAUUCUUCAUAUGUAAAUCCUUCAAUUUAUAAUUCAAUGUUCGCCGUGGAAUGUUACCUAUAUUGAGCAGCUGCUUGUCGCUGCGAAAUCCUGCCAGUCCGAAUACUGUUAAGUGCUUCUUCCAGUUUUUCAUUUGUAUAAUUGGCAUAAGACCUUGCACCAACUUUUCUUUUGGGGUUUCUCCCCAUUUUCCCGUUGUAAUUAAACCUGGAAACAACAAUUAAGUGGAUUACUUAAUAACAGCAUGUUGCUGUUACUGAAAAAACAAAUAAAUAACUUGUUUGGUUAUGUUCAGUUAAAUUAAUUUCUUAAAAUAAAUUUUUUAUGAAUCAUACAUGAAUUUAGUAACUUUUAGACAAUUUCCAAUUUAUUAAAUUGUUUUAUUUUAUAAUAUGUUUAUCACAACAGUUAAAAUUGGUCUGUGACAAAUUUAAAAAGUUUGAAAUACUGUCCUUCGGUAUAAUUAUUAUCUUAUAUUUAUAGGCCAGAAUGGUUGGUGCCAUCUACAAUAAAACAUUACAAAAUGGCUACCUACGAAAAACAUGUAAUGUAAAAACAACCCAGCCAAUCGUUCCAAAUUCUUCUGUUUGUUACUCUAGGUUGCCUCUAUGGAAUUUACUAACUUUUAUUUUUAAAUCUAUGAUAAUGUCAGUGGUGCAAAGAUAACCUGUAAACUAAUCAAUAUUUGUUUUAAUUGUUGCAAAAAAUGUCCAUACUGCCAGAUUAUAAAAGUAAUACAUGUGAUUGUUUAGCAGACACUAUAAUAUUAGACAGCACAUUAAUUUUUUAAUUUAUAUUUACCGUGAUAUCAGCCAAACAGAAAAGUUUGCAGGUUUAACAAAACAACUGUAUUCCUACAUUUGAGGAUUAAAAAAUCUAAAUGGCGGGAAACUUCCAUGGAUAUGUUUAACUCUCCAUAAAAUAGUAGUUUGUUCACUAGGACAAUGGGAAAAAAUUAUUUGGUACCGAUGGAUAGCUCUCUAAAGGAAUUUAAAACUGAAAUUAUUUUGAUGUAAAAUGUAGGUGGUGCAAAGUUGUACUUAAUAUGCAAAGAUACCCAGUUUACGGUAGUGUAUGAACUGGCUACAACACAUGUUGCACUGAUAUUUAAUGCGUUCUGAGUUAUUAUUACAACUGUGUACCUAUAACGUAAUCACGAAUUUUAAGUUUUUGAUGUCACAGUACAUACAGUUGUGUGAUAGAACAAUGUAAUUUGCUGCUUCCUUUAUCGUUGUCACCGGGAUCGGCGUUGUUUUCGACGUUACUGCAGUCAGAGUUCCCAAAGUUGAUGGAAUUAUUAUUACUGUUGUUGUAGGUGAUAGGUCAGAAUG